AUUCGAUUCCACAGACGAUAUUCGAUUUUAAAUAUUCUCAUGCAGCCAAGCAGUUUUGCUGACUUGUCCGUAGUUCACGUAAAACGACGUGCAAUCCAAACACUUUUAAAAUCACUCAUAUCAAUCAGCAUCGAUUUUUUCGGUGCUGAUAAAAAACAACACUUGAACAAAUGACCGCAAAUCGAGUGGACGAUAUACUUAGUUUCAUCAGAACUAUACUGGCCCCGUCAGUACGUUGGAAGAGCUGUUCCGGGUUCGUUGCAAUUACUUUCAAAGGAAAACUUAGAAUUGUAGAAAGAAAAUGGGCCGAGAAGUUAGUACUUGGGAGGUGACUGUAAACGCUGUAAACACAUUGACUCAUGUUAUGGUCGGAUUUGUCAGUGUUUACAUGUGCUAUGUGGCUUACGAACGUGGCUACAGUAACAUAUCUAUGCAUGUCCUUCUUUGCGCUUUGGGAUAUCAGCUUCUGAUGGCCGAAGGAAUCUUAGCUUUGGCUCCAUUUAAUGUUUGGACGAUAUUUUUUACCAGACGCACAAAAACUAUAAUCCACUGGUCUAUGCAGGCAUUUGGUGGUGCUUUUGCUAUUAUAGGUAUGGCAUACGAGUACUGGGGUAGAACAUCACACUUCCGCAGCAUUCACUCAAAACUGGGCCUAGCAUCGUUUGCCUUUCUCAUCUUAACAAUGCUGAACGGCGUAACGAAUUUGUUUUCAAGGGAAAUGCGAUCAUUGGUCAAACCGGUGUACCAACGAUUCUUUCACAACUUAAUGGCUCUGGUCACUUUCGUAUUGGGAAUGGCUGCAUUGUAUUACGGCUUCGAGAAGCGAACUAUUCGAGAAUAUGCAACCGAGGAAGUCAGAUGGAUUCUGAAAAUAUUCCUGUGCAUCACAAUCGUAACUUCUUCGAUCGCUGCGCUUAAGAGUGGCUAUCAACAAUUUAAAGACGUUAUUGGAACCACUAGGGAAAGUAUUCUGCCGGAGAAAUCAUGAAAAGGUUCUGAUUGAGUGUCAUUGCUGUGAAAUUUAAUGUAAAGAUAAGAAUGAGCUGGCAUUAAUAUACUGAGAGAUUUUGCAAACAGCGAAGAAGUGUU